UACGAGCGCAUGCACAGCAACACGCUCAGUUGGAAGUCGAGUGCGCUUCUGAGAAGAGCAGAAGAGAGGAGAAAAGGAGGGCUGCGUAAAGUGACCAGUGGAGUCGAUGUCCUUACAGCUGCUGUUCUGUCUUUCUCUGUCUUUUAGAUUAAAGAGACGGUCUACGUUUAUAAUUUUAAAAUUAGAAGGCGUUUAGCGUUAUACAGGGAAAGCGCAUAAUGGAGCCUCUAACAGUGACUGUUAGUGAUUUUUCCGAGCGAUAUCCUUUAAUUCUGCCAAACUCGAGUUUUAUGGAGGAACCAGCGGGACAUCUGUCAAACUGGAGCGGAGGCAGCGAGCCGAAGGCGGUGAAAGACACCACUGCGGUCACUAUCGCUGUGUGCAUCACCGCGCUGUACUCUGUCAUCUGCGUUGUGGGACUGUUUGGAAAUAUUCUGGUUAUGUACGGUGUGGUCAGGUACACAAAGAUGAAGACAGCUACCAACAUUUACAUCUUUAACCUGGCUUUGGCUGAUGCAUUAGCCACCAGUACUUUACCCUUCCAGAGUGCCAAAUACCUCAUGAGCACCUGGCCAUUUGGGGAGCUCUUGUGUAAACUGGUCAUUGCUAUUGACUACUACAACAUGUUUACCAGUAUUUUCACUCUGACGAUGAUGAGUGUAGACCGUUACAUUGCUGUGUGCCAUCCAGUGAGAGCCCUGGACUUCCGCACACCAGUCAAAGCAAAGAUCAUCAACAUCUGCAUAUGGAUUCUCUCCUCUGCUGUUGGCUUCCCAGUCAUGGUUAUGGCCAUUACUAGAGUGACACCCACAGGCAAAACAGUCUGCACAUUGAAAUUCCCAGACCCAGAGUGGUACUGGGAUACUGUGACCAAGAUCUGUGUUUUCAUUUUCGCCUUUGUGGCUCCCGUCUUGGUCAUCACCAUCUGUUACGGCCUGAUGAUCCUUCGUCUCAAGAGUGUACGCUUGCUGUCUGGCACUAAAGAGAAGGACAGGAACCUCCGGCGCAUAACCCGUAUGGUAUUGGUGGUGGUGUCAGCCUUCAUCAUCUGCUGGACCCCCAUCCAUAUCUUCAUCAUCAUCAGAACUGUGGUGGAGAUUGACCAGAAGAAUCUGCUUGUGGUCGCCUUCUGGCAUCUGUGUAUUGCUCUGGGCUACAUGAACAGCAGCCUCAAUCCAGUCCUGUAUGCGUUUCUGGAUGAAAACUUCAAAAGGUGCUUCAGAGAAUUUUGCUUGCCCUUUCGUUCCCGCAUGGAGCAGAACAGCUUUUCCAGAGCCCGAAGUGUUAUGAGAGAGCCCAUCUCGGUGUGCGCCAAGUCUGAAUCAAUGAAACCCACAUGACUAGACCUGGAACAGCUGCCUUCUGAUACACAACCAAGGGCACUGAAAGAUCCACAGUCUGAGGACACCCAGAUCUCCACCACUGAGUUUUAAGCUCCUUUGGGGUAAAUACAACAUGACAACAAGCUCAUAUACUGAAGGCAAAAUGCCAUGUUGGUUUGUUAGUCAUUUUUUUCUACCUUUCUUAAUUUCACUUUGUGAAAAAAGCAAUGGAGGGCUCCCUGCACAUUUUUCCUAAGUGAGGAAUUGAGAUCAUUUGGACCAUUGUACAG